AGGUGAGCUGAGGUCCCUCAGGGAGGAGAUCUCCAUAUUGGAGCAAGAGAAGGAGACGGAACUGAAGGAUAUUGAGCAGGAGUUGCAGAUGGCCCAAGAUGAGAUUCACACUCUGCGGCAGGCGGCUGAGGAUGCAGCAGUGGAGCAUGAGGGAGACAUAGCUAACCUUCAAGAGGAUCUGUGCCGCAUGCGCUCAGAGCUCAGCGGCAUGGAACGCAUCCACGAAGAGUACCAGAUGGAAAUCAGCAGUCUGCGGAGUGAGAUCAAGCUGAAGACUGACCAGUCUUCUUCUGGGAGCACAGUCUUCUCCGACGUCAGCAUGCUGCAAGAGGAAUUGCAACAGCUACGGGACCGCUGCAGCCUCUUGACUGAGGAGUACCAAGCCCUGCAGAUGAGCAACAGCAGCCUGUGUGAACAGCUGGAGGAGAUGGAAUCCCAGAGGUACCGCAAAGAUGACCAAAUGGAAACCAGCAGAACAAUGAAGGUGGCAGAAAGAUGGUUGGAGGCACAGUCGAAGGAUACAUCAACGACCGAAUCUCAGACUUCGGAAAUGGAAACGUUUAUGGAUACCAGCUUCAGUCAGUCCUGUGUUGAUGACGAAGAUGACGAAUCAGAAACUCUUCGGCAACAGCUUCAGUGUGCUGAGGAACAGAUACAGGAGAUGGAGUCCAAGUGUAAUGUCCUGUACACUGAACUACAUGAGUUACAGAAGGUGCAUCAUGCGAGUGAGGGAGAACAGAAGCGCCUGCAGAAGGAUCUGAAGUUCUUCCAGGAAGAGCUGCAACGGCUUAAAAAUUGCCAGGAUGCCAUUGUCAAAAAACAGACUGAGGAUCUGGUGAAGAAACUGAAUGAGCUGCAGAAGAAGUACCAGGAGAGCCAGAAAGAGCAGGCAAGUCUUGUGCAGGAACGGAACCAACUUAAGCAAGAACUCCUUGAAAGCAAGGAAGAGCAACGUAAACUCAUGGCUGUGAGGCGAGCUCUUGCAGAAAGCAACAAGAAUGAGAAGGAGCUGAAGGCCAAGCUUGAAGACUUGCAAUCUCACUACCUCGAAAGCCAGGAUCAGAACUCUCAACUCUUGAGUAUACAAGAGAAGUUACAGGAGGACCUGGAGGUUUAUGGCCAGGAGGUGGAACGCCUCAAAGUUCUGGAGGCCUCCAACCAGGAGGUUAUGGAGAAGAACAUGGAGCUGGAGGCCAGGGUGCAGGACCUGGAGGUGAUCAACCAGGCCAGUCAGGAGGACCAAGCCCGGCAGCUCCAGGUGCAGGACCAGCUGCAGGAGGCUCUGGCGGCCUACCAGCAAGAGGUGGAGACGCUGAGGAAGGCACAGCAGAAGCUGCAGCCCCAGUGCCAGACCCAGCUGAAGCUGCGGCAGUGCCAGGAGGACCAGAUAGCCAAGUUCGAUGGCCUGGUGCACAGGCUGAAAGAGCUGCACCACUUGUACAACUGCAGCCAGAAGGAGGUGGCCCACCUGCAGUGUGAGCAGAGGAAGCUCCUGAAGAACCAGCGGAAGAUGCAGGAGGAGCACUGCCAGCUGCAGCAAGAGCUGCGCAAGCUCACCUUCCCUGUCCCCAAGCCUGCCCUCCUCAGAAAGAGUCAGGAGCUCUUGCAAAAGUUGAACCAGCUGGAAGAACUACAGAUCACCUAUCAGAACCGGCAGGAAGAACAGAAAAAACUGGUAGAAAAUCAGGACCAUCUGUUAAAGGAGCAAGCCCAGGUGCAAGAAGAGUUUCGACAUUUAAAGGGUUGCCAGAUAACUGUGGCGCCUUCCUGUGUUAAACUGUCGAACGGAGUAAAGAGAGACAAGUCCUGCGAGCUGUACAACAAGAUCCAGGAGCUGCACGUGCUGUACCAGGCCACCAACCUGGAGCAGGAGCAGCUGCAGGAAGAGCAAGGCAAGCUGCUGGAGGAGCACAAGAAGCUGCAGAACGACCUGCAGCUCUGCCAGAAGGAGAUGCGGGUGCUCCACUCGCUCACCCCCAAGAUGAGCAUGGAGAGCACCAAGAGCUACCGAAGGAGCUACAGCAGCACCAGCACCAGCAGCACCAACUGCAGCAUCUACGACGAUGACCUGAGCAGCUGCAGCGAGAACUUCGAGGUGCUGGACACCGUGGCCUCCGUGAUGAACAGGCUGCAGGAGGUCAAGUCCGUGUACGUCGUGUGCCAAGACGACCAAGGCCAGCUGCAGCUGGACAUGAUGCAGCUCCUAAAGAAGCUGGGACACCUUCAGGAGGACCUGGAGCUCUGCCAGGAGGAGAUCAAGGACCAGCAGGACGGCAAGAAAGGGGAAGAAGGCCAGCUCGUCGGAGUCCAGAGCAACCCUGAGUUCAAAGAGCUCCAGACCAAGCUCCGGGAGCUGCAGCUACAGUACCAGAGCAGCAUAGACGAGCAGUGCCGGCUUCUAGCGGUGCAGGAACAACUGGAAUGCCAGCUGCAGUGCUGCCAGGAGGAGCUUUGUCAGCUCAAGGCCGAGAGGCCCUGCGGGCCCAAGGACAGUCGCGAAUGGCGCAGAAGCGAUGUUAACGUCAGCGGCAAAGUGCUGGGCAGGGCAGGCAUCGGCAAGGGCAUCUGCAGCCAGAGUCCGGAGCUGGAGGUGGUUCUGUACUACAGGGCCAGUCCAACUGAACUGGAAAGGGAGGAGCCUGACGAGUCAUGCGAGGACAUGCUGCAGGCCGAGGAGCUGAUGUUCCCGGAGAUGCUGGAGGAGGAAGAGCCUGAGGCCAAGGGGGAACCAGAGAUGGCAGCAGAACCAGAGGAAGCAGCAGGACCCGAGGCGGAAGCAGGACCCGAGGGAGCAGCAGGACCCGAGGGAGCAGCAGGACCAGAGGUGGAAGCAGGACGAAAGGGGUCAGCAGGAUCUAAGGGGUCAGCAGGAUCAAAGGGGUCAGCAGGAUCAAAGGGGACAGCAGGAUCAAAGGGGACAGCAGGAUCAAAGGGGGCAGCAGGACUAGGGGUGGAGUCGGAGACAGAGGAUUCGGAGGCAGAGGAAGAUGAGGUGACGAUAAUUGAUUGCUAUUCCUUGGAGAGGCGCUUACCAGUCCAGGAUGAACUGGAAGAGGGACCAGAUGACCUAUGGGACCAGAUGGGCUCUUUUGAUGCUGACUCAAUGGAGCAGAUCGAUGUGCAGGACAUCGGGCAAGACGAAGAGCUCUCCAAGCCAGAGUGCAAGGAUGGCACCCCCAUCAAGAUCUCUGACAGCAAAAAGAACCUGUUUGGGAUGUGGAAGCCCUUGGUGUUCCUGGCCAUCGCGGCAGUGGCUCUCUAUGUGUUACCCAACGUUCGGCAGCCAGAGUCGGAGUUCUGCCUCACAGAAUGAAAGAGGUCUAAGCCAUCUGGUAUGGCGGGCCUAUAGCUUCCAUCACCCCCCAGCAGGACGGACUGGGCCAGAACGACAUUCCCACCCAUCAGCCCCAUCUCCUGGCAGUCCCAUCUUUGCAAUCUUAGACUACUCAGCUCAGAAAGGCCCACGGAGAGUUACUGUCACCAGACUUCUGCCUCCCACAAGACCCUGAGCCCCUUGUAACUAAAUAUCAGCUUAAUUACA